AAAAAAAAAGAAUAAAAAAAAUUACUCCUAUCAUCAUAAUCGUCAUAAUCAUCUCAUAACCACCAUGGUCUUUUUCCCUAUGAUGCUACUCAAAUUAGCAGACUAUCUUCUGUAUAAGAUUCUUGCUAAUUCGUGUUAUAGAGCUGCUACAAAGGUAAGGAAUCAUGGGAUUUUCCAUAGGAAUUCAUCUUUCCGAUCAUCAUCAUCAUCAUCCCAACAACUGCCACUUUUUCCUAGCGUGACCAAAUGUACUUUGACCACCGAUAGAAAGUCCCAAACUAUGGUAUGUGACGUUAACGAUUGCCUAAUCCGAUCCCCAUAUUCUUUCUUACCUUUCUUCAUGUUAGUGGCAUUUGAAGGUGGUGGGAUUUUCAGGGCUUUUUUGCUUCUCUUUUCAUAUCCUAUUUUGUUGGUUUUGAACCAUGAACUCAAGCUUAGAGUCAUGAUCUUCAUCACAUUUUGUGGGCUGAAAAUAAAAGAUAUGGAUAGUGUGAUGAGGGCUGUUUUGCCUAAGUUUUAUCUCGAGAAUCUUAAUGUUCAUGUGUAUGAGAUUUUGGCUUCAUCGGGCAAUAAGGUUGUGUUCACUAGCUUGCCAAGAGUUAUGGUUGAAGGAUUUCUUAAGGAAUAUCUUGGUGUUAAUGUGGUCAAAGGGACUGAGUUGAAAACCAAGGGGAAAUAUUACACUGGAUUGGUGGCUUCUUCUGGUUUGCUAGUCAAACAUAGAGCUCUUAAAGAGGUCUUUGGAGAAAAAAGGCCUGAUCUCGGCAUUGGAAAUUCAACGAUUUAUGACCAGCUCUUUAUCUCCCAAUGCAAGGAAGCAUAUGUUGUGACCAAAGAAGACAUGACCAAAUUAGUCACAUUUCCAAGGGAGAAAUAUCCAAAGCCAUUAGUCUUCCAUGAUGGAAGGCUAGCUUUUCUACCAACUCCAUUAGCAACUCUAGCAAUGUUCAUGUGGAUUCCAAUCGGAUUGUUCCUCGCAAUCUUCCGAAUUCUCGUUGGCAAUUGCUUGCCUUACCAAUUGGCAGUCCUAUUAGGCACAGCAAGUGGUGUAACCCUUCAAAUCAUAGGCCAAAUCCCAUCAAAAACACCUCAAAAAAUUGGUGGUAAAAUCAACAAUAAUGGAGUCCUCUACGUUUGCACUCAUAGGACACUUCUUGAUCCUGUUUUCCUAAGCACGGGAUUAAGGAAACCCUUGACGGCCGUAACAUACAGCCUAAGUAAAAUGUCCGAAUUUUUGUCACCAAUUCGGACAGUAAGGCUAACAAGGGACCGGAAAAGAGACGGUGAAACCAUGCAGCGAUUAUUGUCGGAAGGCGAUUUGGUGGUUUGCCCUGAAGGCACAACUUGUAGGGAGCCUUACUUGUUGAGGUUCAGCUCACUGUUUGCGGAAUUGGCGGAUGAAAUUGUGCCAGUGGCAAUCAACACAAAGGUGACCAUGUUCUACGGGACAACCGCAAGUGGGCUUAAAUGUUUGGAUCCAAUUUUCUUCUUGAUGAACCCUAGGCCACUCUACAGUGUUCAUAUCCUCGAAAAGAUACCCAGAGAGCUUACUGUUGCUGGUGGGAAAUCUGGGCAUGAGGUGGCUAAUUAUAUUCAAAGACAGUUGGCUGAUGCUUUGGGAUUUGAAUGCACUACUUUAACUAGAAGAGACAAGUAUUUGAUGCUGGCUGGGAAUGAAGGUGUGGUUGAAGUACCAAAAAAGAAAUUCUAG